AUGAGUAAGAAAACAUACUUCGUCGGAAUCGACUUGGGAACGACAUUCUCAGCAGCGUUCGUCUUCGACGAGGUCCGCCAAGAAGCAAAGGUUUUGACAUUUUUAAAUGGAGACAAUUCAAUGGCUUCCGUUGUGAAUUACAAAAGAAGAGCCGUAGGCGCCCAAAGCCUUGACGUCAUCUGUGAAGUCAAAAGAUUGAUUGGAUGUCAAUAUAGCGAUCCUGCUGUACUUGAAGAGACGCUACCAUACCUCCCUUAUGAAGUCGAGAAGGAUGAAAAAAGUGGACUUUGUCGAAUCAAAAUCGACUAUGACGAUGGGCGACCAACUAUUUAUCGAAGCCCAGAACAAGUCAGUGCUGUUAUCUUGUACAAAAUCAAGGUGGAGAUUCAGCGCUCCUUUGGAUUUAAAGAGGGCACCGAUGAGAUGCGCGUUGUUGUGACGUGUCCUGCUUACUUCAAAGACCUUCAAAAGGAACUUACGUCUGAAGCCGCCCGUCAAGCUGGGUUAGAUGUUAUAAAAGUGUUACAGGAACCUUCUGCAGCGGCUUAUUGUUAUGGUCUUGAAAAGUUAGAAGAUGGGUUGUUCUUCACGUUCGACUUUGGAGGAGGAACCCUUGAUACCACUGUCAUGAAAAAGGCCGGUACGAACAUCACUUUUGUAUGGAACGGAGGGGACCAACACUUAGGUGGUCUUGAUGUUGACAAGGAGCUUGUGAAGUUGAUCGAAAACCGCAUUAAAGAGAUCAACCCUGGCUUGUUAAACCGACUUUUUAAAAAGAGUGGGAAUGAAGGGAGUUCGCGGAGAAUGAUUAAACAACGACGCGAGUUUAACUUGAAGAAAAUCCUCGAGAACGUGAAAGUGUCACUUUCGCAGUUGCCGAUGGUCGAUGUUGAUUUGUCUGAUAUAUCUGAGGAGGCUGGAACACUUGGUCUUGUCCUGAGUCGAGAAGACCUUGAAACGGCGUGUGAGAAGUUGUUUGAAAGGUGUAUGGGCGUUGUGAAGAAAACAUUGAAAGAGUCUAAUAUUAGUGCCAAAAGCAUUAAAAAGGUGAUACUUGUUGGAGGAAGUUCACAGAUUCCAAAGAUCAGAGAGAUGUUGGGGGAAUAUUUUGGAGCAGAGAAAUUGUUAGAUUCGAUCGACUGCAAUUUGGUUGUGGCGAAAGGUGCAUGCAGGUACGCGUUUGACUUUGGGAAAGGCGCGUUACAAAUUACAAUUAAUGAAGUGAUGACGAGGGAUUUAUAUUUAGAAGGUGUCGACGAAAGGGGGAAAGUAUACAAAGCAAAGAUUGUGGAAAAAGGAACAGCAUUGCCUUUAAAAGAAAGUAGUUUCCCGGCACAAGCUAUCAAUUCUGAGAUCGAUAUUGUUCUGUUUGAAGAGGAGACUGAGUUGGGGAGAUUCACUGCAAAAACAAACAUUCACUCUGGUGACUAUGUUAUGAUUAAAGUUGGAGUUGAUACUAAUGGUGUUGUCAAAUUAAAUGUCUUGGACAAAGAUGGUAAAAUUGAUCCGAACUCAGUUGUUGCAAAUGUCGAAAGAAAAAAGGUGGGAGACAUAAAACAGACUGGGAAGGCAAGUCAAGAAGUCGUGGAAUUCUUCUCGUAA